UAUAUAUUCUAUCAUUGUUGAAAAUAAUCAGUUGUUAAGUUGGUAAAACAAAAUGAGGGUUCUUUCGAGUGUCUGCUAUUUGUUAACCAUUAGUUAUGUCUAUGGAUAUAACGAAAAUUUUUCUAACAUGGUGAAGGCCUACGAAGAAGAAUGCACGGACGGUCAACAUCAUUAUCACUGGUAUCCAUACGAUUGUCAAAAAUAUUUCUCUUGUGAAAACGGUAAACUAGAAAUUGAAGAUUGUCCAUCCGAUUUAUAUUGGAACGAAGACAUCAAGGCUUGCGAUGUCAAAGAAAAUGUCGAUUGUUCGAACAUAAAACCUUUCCCAGAUCCAGAUUGUAGCAACAACGAAACUGCUUACUACAUGUAUCCUUACGACUGUCAAAUGUUUUACGAAUGCUAUGGAGGUGUCCUUUACACACUGACAUGUCCUGCCGAUUCGCUUUGGAACGAUAAAGAAAAAAAAUGUGACGAAAGUGACAAUGUCGAUUGCUCUGAUAUAAUUCCAUAUCCAUCCAGUUCAUCAUCUCCAGGUCCUACAACGCAAACUAGUCCUACAACUACAACUAAGGCAACAACUACAACUCAGGCAACAACUACAACUAAGGCAACAACUACAACUCAGGCAACAACUCCAACUGAGGCACCAACUACAUCUAAGGUAACAAGUACAACUAAUGCUCCAACACCUCUCACAACUCCGGAAUGUACUUAUGAGCAUCAGUAUUUCCCGUAUCCUUAUGAUUGCUCAAAAUAUUAUGAGUGUUCUAACGGUAAAGCGAUGUUAAUGGAUUGUCCACCUGGAGAAGUUUGGAAUAAUGAAGUACAAACCUGCGACUGGCCCUACAAUACUGACUGUGUUCCUUCACCUUCACCAAAUAGUGUAACUAUCAAUGUCGAGUUGUUUAGUUCGGAAAAUACAAUGAGAGUAGUGCUGAGUAUUUGCUAUUUUUAUACCUUUAUAAGUUGUGGCUUCGGCCAUAACAACUACAUCAACUUUUCAAACUUGCUGAAGAUUUAUGACGACGAAUGUACAGACGGACAACAUCAUUAUCGUUAUUAUCCAUAUGAUUGUCAAAAAUAUUUUUCUUGCGAGAACGGGCAGCUCGAACUUGAAGUAUGUCCGGAUAAUUUGUACUGGAAUGAUGAAGUUAAAGCUUGCGACAUUCAGGAAAACGUCGACUGCUCUGAUAUAAUACCAUUCCCAGAUCCAGAUUGUAGCAACAACGAAACUGCUUACUAUUUCUAUCCUUACGACUGUCAAAAGUUUUACGAGUGCUAUGGAGGUGUACUAUACACACUAACAUGUCCCGACGAUUCACUUUGGAACGAUGAUGAGAAAACUUGCGACGAAAGUGACAAUGUCGAUUGCUCCAACAUUAUCCCGUAUCCUCCUAGUACAUCGUCUACCGGUAAACCUACAAGUACAAAAACUACGAAAACUACAAGUUCGAUAAGUACGACGACUUCAGCUCCAGGACCUUACACCACACCACAAUGCACGUACGAACAUCAGUAUUUCCCGUAUCCUUUCGAUUGUACAAAGUUCUAUAUGUGUUCUAAUGGUAUUGCUUAUUUAAUGGAUUGUCCUUCAGGCGAGUUUUGGGAUCAAAGGAUACUAACUUGCGACUAUGAUUCGGAUUGUGUUCCCAGCCCUCCACCAUCAUACUAAGGAUCCUUAUGAAUUAUAAAGCAACGAUAAUGGAAAAUAAAAAAUAAUUCUUCGUGAUAUUCUUAAACAAUUAAUAAUUUGUAAGCCGAGAUUUAUAACAAUUCAUAUCAAUAAAUAAUUAUUUUUAU